GCCAUUUUGGUUCAAGCCUGCCUUGAGCAGGAGGUGCGCGGCGUGGUCUCUCCCUGUAGAGUCCCGUCGCCUCGGCGGGCACAGAGAGCGGCUCUGUCCCUUUCCCCUCCUUGUCGCGGCCCCUGCGAUGGCGGCGGUGCCCGACGACGGCAAGGCAAUGGAUCUACGGUCCAACAGCGGCGCGGAGCUGGUCUUGGCGAUGGCCGUCCAAGGUGCUGCUCAGGGAGCUGCGGCGGGCGGCGCCUCGCGGCAGGCGAUAGCCGCCGCGGUCGCUGCCGCGCUCCGCACGACAUGGGCGCUGCUGGCAGAGGUCGGCUCCGAGGAGGACGCCGAGCUUGCAAUGCGCUGGCAGGCCAUGGAGCCCGCCAUGCGCCAGCAGCCGCGGGGCGCCCAGCCAGGCGGCGCCGCUCGCGCCAGGCGCAACGUCGGGGCGCACGUCGACCUCGGCAAGGGCGUCGAGGCCUUGCGGCAGGCCCUGGCGCAGCCGCAGCGGGCCCAGCGCGGAGGGCGUUGCGGGCCCCGCGUGCCGGCGCCGCCGGGCCCGGUGGCGGCGGACGCGACGGAGGACCAAGCCGACGGCGUCGAGCUGGGGGGCACCAGCCUGGACAUUGGGGAGCCCGACGUGGACGAGUGCGAGGGCACCGACCAGGUCAUCGACACCCCCGAGGGCCAGCUGCUGGGCGAGGUUCCGCCUUCCUCGCAGCUCAGCGCAGCGGUUGGCGAGGACUCGGAGCUGGACGUGGACGAGUGCGAGGGCACCGACCAGGUCGUGAACAGCGCCGAGGUGCAGCAUGUUCCUGAGGCGCCGCGGGACGUCGAGCCUGGGGGCGACGGCGGGUGCGACGCCGAGGAGCAGCUGAUGGUCGACAAGACGGAGGGGGCGAGGGCGGCAGCAGCCGAGGAGGAGGACGACGGCCUCUACGAUGGCCAAGACCUGCCCGUCGACGGUGUCGGCGGCAUCGGCAUGGAGUACGGCUGCACCUUGGAGGGCAAGGAGGGCGAGAGCAUCUUCAGCGACGCCGUGCAGGCUCGCGUGCGGGGCUACUUCUCCUUCGUCCUCAGGGUCGCCUUGCUGCUGUGCGUGGCCUUCUGCCCGUACGCCAUCUUCGACGGGCAUGGGCCGUGCGUGCGUCACACUGCUCGCGGGUCGGCCCUGGCUAGCUUCCGCCCCGUAUGUGAUCGACCUAGGGCCUUUGCCCGACCCGUACCACGCGGCCCGCCAAGCCUUCCCGAAAGGUGGAGAGAUACACUGUGGACCUUGGAGGAGGAGCACGUGCUUGAGUUCCUCGUGGAGCGGCGGCGCAGGCUGGAGCACGCGCUGGCCGUGGCUAGGCGCGACGGGGUGGCUCGCACCAUUGACGCCGAGGACGCCGAGGACAUGGCGCUGUCCUUGCGGAGCGUCUCGGAGGACAUUCGCGAGCUUGAGGCGUGGAGGCCUCAUGACUUCGAUUCGGGAUAGCCCGCGUGGACUUUCCUUGACGCCUCGGGUACCCGCCGAAUCGAGAGCAGCGAGAGGCCAGCUGCGUGGACGGUCUCAGUGCAGCAAGAGUGCCAGCUGCGCGGAUGGCCUCAUGAUGCUGGAAUGGCCGUUGCGCCAUCGUCGUCGGGGUGCGGGUCCCGCCUCUGAGUGGCCCCAGCGGUAGUGACAGUGCCCCCCUUGGCGCGGCGUCCGCCGUGGCUGAGGGGCCUGAGGGGGUGUUCCCUCGGGGUGCCUGGGCCCGCAUUCGCCGUUGGCGGGGCCUGGGCUCGGCCGCUGCGCUCGCUUUUCAGCCCCCUUGGCGCCAGGCUGAGGGGCCUAGGGUGGGGCGCGGCCUCGAGGGGGCCUCGGCGCUCUUCACCCUGGGGAGUCGGCGGGGGCGCUGCCCGCGGCUCGGCUCCCUCGAGGCUCGGCAUGCGGCGGACGGUCGCUCGAGAGCCCAGCGCACGGGCUUGGCGAGGUGUCGACGCCCCAGGCUGCCGAUGCACCAAAGCACCAAAACACAC